UCCUUCAACGUAGGGGAAGCUUGCUAAUUUGCUCCAUCUGGAUAGCGCUACUACAAUCGAUCAAUUUCUGCGGCCGAGCUUGUAUUGAUACUCACGCAAGCUGAUUGAGGAAAAGCACAGCGCCCUCGCAUUCUUCGGUCUUGUUUCCGACCCGUGGACCAGAAAUAGAGGAAUAUAAAGAUGGACAAGAUUUUUCGUCCGCUGUCUAAGCAGUUAAUGCGACGGCCUCGUUAUUUAUACGCUAUGCCUUCUCAUACCUACCCCCAAAGGCUCUACACCACAGGGUACACUGUACCUCCGUUGAAAGAUAAGUCUUUGUUUAUUCAGAAAGCCUUCGUCAAUGGUGAAUGGGUAGAUGCGGAAUCCGGAAAAACAUUCGAGGUCCACGAUCCUGCUACGGGGAAACUUAUUGGAACAUGCCCGGAAUUUAGCGCAUCUGACACAGAGAAAGCCAUCCAGGCGGCCAGCGCGGCCUUCCCUAAGUUUCGUGCAACUCUCGCCCGUGAGCGAGCUCGGAUGCUCCGACGGUGGUACCAGCUUAUGGUAGACAAUGCCGAAGAUCUGGCAACACUUAUUACGUGGGAGAACGGAAAGCCGCUCGCAGACGCCAAAGGAGAAGUGAAUUACGCCGCUAGCUUCUUCGAAUGGUUCAGCGAGGAGGCUCCUCGCACCUACGGCGACACUAUCCCGGCUUCUGUACCUGGUAACCGCGUAAUCACCGUUAAACAGCCUGUCGGCGUUUGCGGUCUGAUUACGCCCUGGAACUUCCCAGCUGCCAUGAUCACACGCAAGAUUGGACCUGCUCUUGCUGCCGGCUGCACUGUAGUCACAAAGUCACCGGGAGAGACUCCCUUCACUGCCAACGCUCUCGCAGAACUGGCAAACCGCGCUGGUAUCCCCAAGGGAGUUGUCAAUAUCGUUACAGCCAUGAAGAACACCCCCGAAGUGGGCGAGAUGAUCACCACACACCCAGACAUCCGCAAGGUCUCUUUCACUGGCUCAACAAACGUUGGCAGACUCUUGAUGAAACAAUCAUCCUCAACUAUCAAGAAGGUCUCCUGGGAACUCGGCGGCAACGCCCCCUUCAUCGUCUUCGACGACGUCGAGGACCUCGAUGCCGCUGUUACCGGAGCAAUUGCCUCCAAAUUCAGAAGCUCCGGUCAAACUUGCGUUUGCGCUAACCGAAUCUAUGUGCAAAAGGGCAUUUACGACGAAUUCGUCCAGAAGUUUGUCGAGAAGGUCAGAAACUUCAAAGUCGGUGCUGGCUUCGAAGAUGGUGUUACCCACGGCCCGGUUAUUCAUGAUCGUGCAGUCGACAAGGUUGACCAGCACGUUCAGGACGCCAUCUCAAAGGGUGCCAAGCUUAUUGCUGGUGGCCAGAGACGUUCUGACUUGGGUCCCAACUUCUAUGACCUUACAGUCCUUGCGAACAUGACCAAGGAUAUGAAGAUUGCCUCGGAGGAGACCUUCGGGCCUGUGGCUGGACUGUUCCCGUUCGAGACUGAGAAGGAAGUUGUCGAGCUGGCUAACAAGGCUGAGGUCGGUCUGGCUGGAUACUUCUUUAGCGGCAACAUUAAGCGCAUUUUCCGCGUGGCUGAAGCUCUGGAGGUUGGUAUGGUUGGUGUUAACACUGGUUUGAUUAGUGAUGUUGCGUCUCCAUUCGGUGGUGUCAAGCAAAGUGGCUUUGGUCGUGAAGGUAGCAAGUAUGGUAUUGAGGAGUUCAUGACAAUUAAGAGUGUUACUUUUGGUGGGAUGGGUGAGCCUUUGCAGUCGUGA